CUUCAUUCAAAAGCUUCAGGGCCAACAGCAGGCACAAUUAGAUUAUUAUUCUGGCAUGUGAUUAAUUCCCAAUUCAUAUUUGCAGGUGAUUGAAGAAUCACCUGAUUGUUUCCAAGAAUGGCAGAACCCCCUCCAGUCCAAAACCCUCCGCACCUGGCCAUCUACUCUAAAGCGCACAAAGACACCAUCUUGAACAAGUUCGACAAGCUCAGGAAGAAGGACCUGCUGUGUGACAUCACCCUGAUCGUGGAGGAUGUCCAGUUCAAGGCCCACAAGGCCUUGCUGGCGGCCAGCAGCGAUUACUUCUCGCUGAUGUUCACGGCGGAGGGGCACGUGGGCCAGUCCAUCUACAAGCUGGAUGGCAUGGCGGCCCGCACGUUCGGAGCCGUGCUGGAGUUCAUCUACAGUGCCAGCGUGUCGGUGGAGGAGGGCGACGGCGGCCCGCUGCUGGACAUGGCCCGCUUCCUGGAGGUGGGUGACCUGCUGAAGGCGUACUCCGACUGCCGGGGUGCGGGGGAGGAAGGAAGGGGAGGGGACGUUGAGACCCCCCCCAAGCCCAAACGCAAAAGAGGGCGCCCCAGAAAGAACGUGGCCGCCGCCGAGGUGUCAGGAGCAUCGGGUCCAGGUGUGUGUAGAGAGACAGAGGCCUCCAUGAGUCCUGCUAACGCCAUACCGGGCGGAGCAGAGGGGCGGGGCCCACAGGACAACCUGGGGGAGGCGGAAGAGGACCUGGCCGACUCCGACGUCCACGGUGACCCCGGCAAGGAUGCGGACGCGGACUACGACCCCAGGGCGGGGCGAGGCCGACACAGCAAGCGCAAAAUCAAACCGCCGGUGAAGUUAAAGGGCUACCGCAUGGGUGACGAGGUGUCGGAAACGGGGGAACCUGAGCGGAGAGGGAGGGGGAGGAAGAGGAAGUACCCAAACACCGAGGCACGGUGCGAGGACUGUGGGAAGGUGUUCAAAAAUCACCUCUUCCUAAAGAUACACCAGAGAACUCACACAGGUGAAAAGCCCUUCUGGUGUUUUUUGUGUGGGAAGGGCUUCACUCAGAAGCACACGCUGCUGGUUCACCAGCGUAUGCACACAGGAGAGAAGCCCUUCACCUGCACCGUGUGCUCCAAGGCCCUGUCCACCAAGCACUCUCUGCUGGAGCACAUGAACCUGCACACAGACCAGAAGUCGUUCAGCUGUGAUCAGUGUGGAAAGACUUACAGUCAGAAGAGGCAGCUGAAGAGCCAUUACAGAGUGCACACAGGGAAACCUUUGCCAGAGUGUGCACACUGUCACCGGAAAUUUAUGGACGCAGCUCAACUGAAGAAGCAUUUGAGAACUCAUACAGGAGAGAAGCCUUUCACAUGUGAGCUCUGUGGGAAGUGUUUCACAGCCAAGAGCACCCUGCAGACACACAUCAGGAUACACAGGGGGGAGAAGCCGUACGUGUGCAGCAUCUGCAGUAAGUCCUUCUCAGACCCCAGCGCUCGCAGGCGCCAUGUGGCGUCCCACACGGGCAAGAAGCCCUUCACCUGCUCUCUCUGCAGCCUGUCCUUCGCCCGGCUGGACAACCUCAAAGCCCACACCAAAACCCACAACAAGGAGAGGCCCGCGGAGGCCCUGGCCCAGGUCGCCGCAGGGGCGGGCGGCGGGGGCGCGGAGGAGGUGCGGGGCGUCCUGCAGCUGCAGCAGUACCAGCUGCCCGCCACCGGGGGGCAGGAGAUCCAGCUGGUGGUCACCAGCGAGGUGGACAACAUCAACUUCGUCCCGGGGCAGGAGCAGGGCAUUAGCAUCAUCAGUGGGCCGGAGGAGGGUGGGGGAGGGGCGGCGGAGGCGGGGCCCAGCCUCACGCUGCUGACCCCGCCCUCCCAGCAUGUGCAGAACCUGGCGCUGGUCUCCCAGAGCGAGCAGACGCUGGGCGUCCUGGAGGGAGCGCCCGACCAGAUGCACGUCAUCACCCUGACCAAGGAGGCCAUGGAGCACCUGCAGGUCCACCACGCCCCGCCUGCGGCCCCGCCCCAGCACAUGCACGUCAUGCACCCGCCUCUCCCACACCUGCCCGUCGCCGCGGAGACGCCCGCCCUGCAGCAGGGCCAGGCCAUCCACAUCAGCGGGCAGACCGCCCAGCCCAUCUCCAUCAGCCAGACCACCCAGCAGAUACCCAGCCACCACAUCCAGGGCCAGACCUUCCAGAUCCAGGCCGGCACCGUGUCCUACCUCUACACCGCCAGCCUCGCCCCGCACAACUGACCAGGCCUGGACUGCUCCGGCCCUCUGCGGUGAGGUAGGGGGCCAUGCAGCGUCCAGAAGA